GUAGUUUAACCUUUGAUUGAAACAACACUGCAUCUUGCUUAGUUUGUCAUUGGUUUAACCAAAAAUACUUUAAGGUUUGAGACAUGUUGGAAACACCUGUCACAUUCUCACACCUAAAAUAACCUUUAUAAUAGACAGUUUAUAUAAUGCCUGUUUAUCAGCAUGUUCUUACGCAAAUAGUAGCGCGUAUUUGUGCAUAUAAGAUACAGUAGCAUACAAAACCACCCAAAGUGAACAGAAAAUAGUCAGUUGCCUCUGUCCUUAUGAAUUCUCGCUGGGGAUUAUUUGUUUCCUUGCUGAUGGUUUCAGCCAGUUGCCGUACUGAUGGUAAGUAAUAGAUUUAAUGCUCAAUCAUGUUAUUCUGGUGAAUAGUGAUAUCAAUCUGAAAAAAAACCCCACCACAAAAUAGUUAAUACGACAUGUAUUAUAUUCUAAAUCUUUGUUUUGUGUGAGGAAUGUGGCUGGGUUGUUAAUACAGAGUAAGUAUAUGAAUUUCAGAUAUUUAAUGAUGUUACUUAAUAAUACUGUGGUUGACUUAAAAUUAGAGAUGCACCUUUAGAAAAUUUCUCCACCAAUACCGUUAGCCGAUUAUUCAAAGUGAUGUCUGCCGAUUCUGAAGAUUAAAUGAAUAUUUUUUAACUUUCUGAAUGUCAUUAAUUCAUAUAAUGACUAUUAUUGAACAUCAAACUGGUGAUGUUUCUUAACAUUUUCUAUAUACAUUUAUUUAAUUUUCCUGUCCUCUUUUGAUUGACAGUACAUAUCGGCCCUGAUCAUCGGCUGUUUUUAAGAUGUCGGCAAACAGACAAUAGUGUGAAAAAAUGCUUUUAUCAGCCGAUACCUGUUAUUGGCCGAUAUAUCGGUGCAUCUCUACUUAAAAUUUGUACUGUUUUGAAUUUCUUUAUCCUUUUUGUACAUCUUGCAUUAGCCACCAUCACAAGGAACAUGAAUGGCUUCAUCAAAGCUGUCGAGAGUAUUGAAAAUGAGAAUCCUGGGCUUUCAAUGCUUGAAGUGGUGAAGGGUAUCCGCAAGACUGUUGGCUUCCAAACCAACUUGAUCGAGAACUACCUUGGUGAUGAAAGCGAUGCACAUAACCUUGCAAUGAAACCAUCAGUCGCUGCAUACGUUUCCGAGGUCGUUCAUCACAAGGUAUCAAAGUUUGGUGAAGAGGAAGGUGUGGUUCUCACCUUAGAUGGUUCAAAUGUUGCUUUAGCCCCAAUGCUACUGGGACUUGAAGCUGGUCUACAAUCCACCACCAAAAAUCUGAUCCCAGGCUUGUACCCCUUGACCUUGACUGAGAACCUGGCUGCUUCUUUUCUACAUCACGCCCAAAAUGAGCAAACCAGUGUUCCUCUGGGCAGUAAGGGUUUCUGGGAUAGCAUUAAAUCCCCGAAGGUGUACACACUCUCCGGUUUGCCUUCCUUGGCCACCGACGCUUUGUUAACUGGAGGCAUAGAUGGGACCAUUCUCGGGUCAGAAGUUGCCAAAUUUAACCAUCUUGAGAUAUCACUAAGCAACUUGUUGAAGAGUUACUACAGUCACAAGUUAGACCUUGCUGGACUGGACACCGCACCCCGUCUGAUUAGCCAAAAGCGAAGGAUAAACUUCAGAACGCUUCUCCGCUUCUCUUCGCUUAAAAACCAAGUAGCGGAUGCAUUAACUAAUCAUCUGGGAUUUUACAAAAACUCGGACAGGAAGACACUGGAUGCUGUCAUGCAUGAGGGCUUUGAGAAAUUUGCCUAUUUGUAUGCAGUCUGUCCCAACAUCAUUAUGAGGUCUCAGUGGGGUGCAGCAGCGUACAUCGGAUCCCCUACCUACCUGUCUCUCCCUGUUCCCUACCUGUUCAUCCACCACACGUACGAACCCUCCAAACCUUGCAUCACCUUCGAGCAAUGCGCUAGCGAUAUGCGCUCGAUGCAGAAGUUUCACCAGCAAACCAAUGGAUGGGAUGAUAUUGGAUACAGUUUUGUUGCAGGUUCUGAUGGAAACCUGUACGAAGGUCGCGGCUGGAAUUGGGUUGGUGCCCACACCAAAGGGUACAACUCCAAAGGCUACGGCGUCUCUUUCAUAGGCGAUUAUACUUCCAGCCUCCCGGUAAAAAGUGCCAUGGAUAUGGUGAGAUACGACUUCACAAAGUGCGCUGUGGACGCAGGAGGACUGAGCUCUUCUUAUUCCUUAUAUGGGCACAGGCAAGCUGUAAGCACAGAAUGCCCGGGAAACACCCUGUAUCAGGAAAUCCAGAGCUGGGAGCAUUACAAGAGCUACUUACCUUGAUGACCCAAUCAAAGGGCAACAGUGAUUGGUUACUAGCAGUGUUGGGUAUAACUAGUUACUAAGUAAUUAGUUACUGUAAUUUAAUUACUUUCCCCUUGAAAAAGUAAAGUAAGGGAUUACUCUUAUUUUUCUGUAAUUUAAUUACAGUUACUUCUGAUGUAAUUAAACUAAAUCCUUUGUGUAAUAUGUGUGUGCAAUAGUGGAACUGACAUCAAAAUUCAAAGUCUAACUUUAAAAUCCUUGCUUUAAUGUAUAAUUCUCACAUUUGUAAUACUUUGGUCAGUUAAUAAUACUACUUUAUGUAGUUUAAUAUUAUUUAUUUGAAUGAAUUAAAUAAGCCGUUUCAUGUCUAUCCUUCAAUCACUUAACUAAUCGAGGUUGAUAUAGGAUAUAGAAAGUAAUUAGUAAUAAGUAACUAAAUACCUUUUGGAGAGAGUAAUUUGUACAGUAAUCUAACUGCACUAUUGAAUAUGUAAUUAGUAACUAGUAAUUAAUUACUUUUUCAAAGUAACUUACCCAACACUGGUUACGAGCAAGAUAAUCAUUAUAUAUGUGUACUGAGGACAUACAUGUAUCGCUCGCUCAUAAUA